CACUGUCAUCACAAUGCUCUCCGUCUCGGCUCAUUGUCAGGCACGUGCGUGUGCAACUUGGGGCGUUUAAACUGACUUUUCAUAACGUAAUCCUCACCUCAACCACCCUGUGUAUGUGCGACUCCUUUACACGUCAUUAUUCUCACCCGUCUUGUGGGAAUAGGUCACACCAGGAGCGUUUAAAAAAAACCUCAAUCUUGUCAAGUCUUCUUGACUUAAGACUUCCUUCGGAAGUGGAAAUUGACUGACUUACAUCAUAGUGUUACAGUGAAGAGGAUCUGGAACAUUUAGUGAACAAUUAACUGUUUGAUCAUUGUCUGCUACGACUCUUUUCUGAGAGUGACAUAACGAGCUAUUAUGGAAUACAGAACCAAUCAUGUGAUCUCGACUGAAACUUGGCAGCCGAUGUCUGUCUAAUUGCGAGUUAUUUCACAUUGUCAUCGACACAAACCUCAGGAUGACGACAGCAGGUUACCGAGGUUCUGCCUCUUCGGUGGAUUGUAUGCCCUUGUAUAGCUCUUAUGUCUUGAAGAGCUACAACACCAACCCCCUUGCCUUCACAAUGGCAAUGUCAAAUGAUCCUGGGCAAGGUCAUCAAGGGGGAGACAACUUUAACACCAGAAGUGUGAGCACUUUCCAUACACCCAGUUUCGGGGAUGAGGACUUUGACCUCCCAGUGUUGCCACUUCCUUCCGACCAAGAAUCAGGGAAUUCUGGGAACACCUCCCAGCCGCCGUUCUCCCAUCAGAUGUUGUCCAACUUGGAUCUGGGUUUGAACCCAGCACUGACAGUGGCGCCGACUAUGCAAACUGCAGACUGUGCACCGUUAACGUCGAUGCGAGGUCCGCAUCCCAUUGCUCCGAAAUUCCCACCUCAGAACUUUGACGUUCCCGAUAUCAACGUCACUAACAGUGUUAUGGCAAGUGCCGCCAAUGCCGACAACAUCUUCGCCUCCAUCGCGGCCUCCACGGGGACGAUGUUUCAUGAUGUGAUACCCAACAGAGGCCCAAUCUCAAGCCACCAGUCACUGUCAACCAUCAGCCAGACACAAAUGGCCACUCAACUCGGUUUUCAGACAGCUGUACAAGGAGCUUCACCACCUGGUUCAAACUCAACAUCGUCCCCAAGUAGAGAGAGUAGUGAGGAUAGUGAUGAUAGUCUGCCAUUGGCUCAGUUGAUGUCCCUGAAGAGGUCAGGAGCAACAACAGCCCCAACAGCUCCCAGUGUCAUCACCGUAACAACGGCACAGGCCCCAGUACAGUCAACCAUCACGACCACAACAACAACUACAGUGUCAGCUCCAACCACUGCCAAGAAACAGAAGACUCCCAAGAAGAAGAAGAAGAAGGACCCCAAUGAACCACAGAAACCUGUUUCGGCCUACGCUCUUUUUUUCCGUGACACCCAAGCGGCCAUAAAGGGUCAGAGUCCGAACAAGAGCUUUGGAGAUGUGUCGAAGAUUGUGGCAUCCAUGUGGGACAGUCUUGAACCUGACAACAAAAAUGUGUACAAGAAGAAAACAGAGGUUGCUAAAAAAGAAUAUCUGAAGCAGUUGGCAGCAUAUCGAGCAAGUCAGGUGUCACAGGCUGCAGCUGACGAAGCGAGCUCAAUGUCGGAAAAAUCGCCCUCGCCUCCGAACAUCAGCCAGAUGAGCAUGUCAGGGGGAGGUAACUCUAUGGGCAUGAUGUCCCAGAUGACCCAUGUGAACAUGCCGAGCCCGCCUCAGCAACAGCAACAGCCGAUGAUGACCAGCAGCUACAACAGCCCGCCUCAUCAGCCACCGUAUCAGAUGCAGAACAUGGCGCCUCAGCAACAGAAUAACGGCAUGACGUAUCAGCAGUCUGAUUACUGCCAAAACAUGAACCAGAUGGAUACUCGAGCUCAAAGCAACGGCCUGUGUGUCCGUAACGGUUGUAUCAACCAGGCCAUCGACAACCCCGGCUGGGACAGCGAAUACUGCAGCAACGAGUGUGUUGUCAGUCAUUGCAGGGAUAUCUUCACAGCAUGGGUGGCAUCAAAGCAAGGGGGAAGCACAUUUCAAGUGAAAUAAUGCGUUACCAUGGUAAUGCAUUGUGACCAAUCUUCUUAAUUCCACAGUUGGAUCCCCUCCCCUGGGGUUGUUUUGUGACAAUUGUACAGAUAUAUUUAUUUUUGUACAGAUUACGUAUGAAUUAGGUUAGAAAUUGUGCCUUUUGGUUGAUUUGAAGUGAGCCAAUUGCCAGCACAGGGGACACCUUGUUGUACAUUGUGGACACGGAGGAUGAUUGUUUUCUUGAAUAUGUAGAACAGUUAUACAUAUUUUGUGGACAGGAUGAAGAGUAAACCCUCUGUGUUUGUUAGGGUUGGAGGAUAACAUGAAAAACAGAUCUUGGAGAAGCAGAAUGAAGUUUAAAUGUAAAGAAACUUGUUUGAGAAAAGAUUUUUUUCCCAAUAUCUUUCAUUGAUGCUGCAUUGGAUGAGGACAUGUUCAGAGGUCCAUCGUGUUAAAAGCACCAAGAGAUUGUCGUGAAAUACCCAUUGGGACACGCAGCUUCGCAUGAAGACAACGGCAUGUUCUACACCGGGAUCUGUGGCUGUGCUUUACCAUGGCUAACAAGGCUUUGAGCGAAGAUCACUUGGAUGAGUCUGGUAUUUUGAUAUAUAGAGAGUGGCGAUCAUGUUGAUUGGUUCUCCAAGAGGAGGAGGACAUCUUUGCUGGAUAUUAAUUGUCAUCUAUGGGAGUCUGUUUUCUCUGAAAACAAAGAGGAUGAGCUGCUUUGAAACUUUGAAUAGCCUCUGCAGCAAAAAACAUUGUAACAGGAGACAUCAAUACACAGAACAGACUAAUGAUAGGAUAUUCCUUCCUGGGGCUGGGAGACACAGCACAUACGUCAGUGUUCUACGUUGUUCCGCUGGAACGCUUGCAGAACACCAUGCCAACUGUCUCUGGUGGACAGACCCACUAUCUAGACCUGUGCAGUGUGUGACAAUGUGUAACAGUGUGACACUGGGAAUAUGCAAGACAUAGGACACCUUCCUCGACGACUUAGUGUCACGACUGUUGGUUAUCAGUGAAUUAUUUGUACAAAUGUAUUUCCUGUAUAUCAAUGUGCAGUUUCAUGUUUCUCACUGCCUAUACUUGUGGCCAUGUAUAAACAUAAUUAAUUGUCCAACCAUGUGUCUACAUGUCAUGAGGACUUCUAUCGGUUGUUGAUUAUGAGGUCGACUGAUUUUCGUUGAUGAAUCAUGACCCUUCUACUUUACUGUAUGUGCUACUUUUCUGCAAUUGUUCUGUCAAAUAAUCGUGGAGUAUGAAAUAUUGCAACCAAAUUUCCUAUUGCUAGGCGUUAAAGAGGGCAACUGUAAAUAUCUCUGGCACGUCCUGGGUUUCUGUGUGUGAUGUGUCAUAUAUUGAGAACGAUAUUGAACGAUAUGUGAAAGUGUGUUUCCUGUUUGUAUCAGGAUGUAGCAGUAUGCUGAUACUGUAGCGUAAUAAAUAUUCUACACAAAAGAAGUAAGGAACACUUGAUUAUUUACUGUGACUAUAGUCAACCUGUCACGGCUGGUGGGUAUUGCAACACACUGCCUUCCAAUUGUGGGUGUUCUUUAACUUGUUUUGAGUAGUAUAUGUCACAGUUGCUAAUUUAACACUUUGAUUUUCAAAAGUUGGGCAGAAUACAGGCAAUAAGUUUGGAGUUUGAAUAACACUAAACAAAUAUGCAGGACAAACCUGAGUAGUUUGUAUCAAUCUCAAAUUGUUUGAUUUAUCACAAUGUAAUAUUUCUGACUGUGGAGAAACCAAGAAUAUCUCACUCUGUAAAGACACGAACCGUCUAUGGUGUGGGUUGCCCAGAAUUUCACUUUGCUGGGUUGCCUCCCUUGCUAGCGCCAGGAUCUGCUUACUGUGUCUUUAAAUCUCAGCUUCGUACUGAUUAUGAUCCUUGGUUUGUCAGCACCAUACGCCUAUGACUCGCAUCACUUUGGGCUUUUCUCAUACAUUAAGCUGAACCUCGGAAUACCAUUUUACGCAGCAUAAACUCAGCUCAAUGUUUUCAAUUUGAGACAAGAAAUUAGGAAAUGUAGUCUUUCAUAUGAAGCAUUUAACUUUCCAAAGAAGAUAACAGUUACUCUCAGUGCUGAUGGGAGACAGUCGAAUGAUGUGGUUUUGCAUUUAUAUUCAUUUGCUGAAAUUAAGAGACUGUAAGAUGGGGAGUUUCUUUUUUUUCAGGUUUUGAGUUUUCAUAAACCAAAUAAUAAUCUCCUCGGGUUAGUGUUGUAGGAUCAUUGUUUUAUGUUCAAUGCUAGUCAAUUAAUUUUAAAACUGAUUGUUGUAAGCAUGCAGAACAGAUUUGAGGGAUUUCUUUUUGACAAUACUGUAAUCUUGAUAACCGAUUUGUUAGGUGUAAUAAUAAUGCUGGUUAGAUGGUUUUUUUAAACUUUGGGGUUCAGAAAAAUGUUUAAAUUACGUACAGGUUGAAAGACGUGUCGAAAUUCAGGUGCGAAAAAAAUCGUUGUCUGCACCAAAUUAGGAUGAAAAGGGUUAUCAGAACCACAGCAACUGGUGGUACCAGGUGGGUAGUGAAUCUGAUGCUAGAGGCAAGGAUAGCAAGAAAAUACAUGAAAUCUUUGUGGUCAUUUUUUUGCCCCAAUUCUCUCUUCAAUUAUUCAAUACUGCAAGAUAUACAACACUUCACCCACACUGUUUAAUCAGGGUUUAUGUAAAUUGAUGAUGAAUUUGCUUGGCUUUGCUGAAAUAUAUAUAAAAAUAAUUUUGUGUCGCCCAGGACUUUUUUAUUUGGUAUGAAGUCGCUUGGGUUUAUUUGUUUACUGGUUUUUUUUAGCUGGAUGUUUGGUAUUUAUAGGGUAACAUUCAGGCAUUAUUCUCUAUGAUACUUAAAAUUCAUUCAUUAAUUACUUUUGUUAAUUUAGAUUUUUAACUAUUUGUAUCGUUAUUAUUUUAUUUUUAUAAAAAUCCCUCUUGAGAUAGAUUUGGUUGGGCAAAUAAAAAUAGAUUUAUGCUAAUUUUAUUUAUUUAUUUUGCUCCCUUUGCGUGUAAGGCGAAAAAUUGGAAAUGUGUUGCUAUGGUAAUAAUCAUGCCUUGAUUUCACAAGAAUGCCACUUUUCCUGAAAACUAAAUUAUGGCUGAUACAUCUUCCCAAUGAAAGAUAAAAGAUAAAUGAUAAAUUAUCAGAUGCAUUCUGUUAGUUAAUUGAGGAUUAACAGCUUUACUGUCGAGUUAUUGAACAUUGUUUAGCAGAUGACAUCUGAACUGGUGCUGCGAUUGUGUUUGAGUGUUUUCACCUGUCAGUUCUGUGUUGUAUGGUGGCCUGACUACAUUCAGGCAGUGUACACAUCAUGAUGAUGAUGAUUAUUAUGACUUUCAUGUAUCUGCAAAAUUGGUGUCACAUGGAUUUUGCUGAAAUAAAACUUUGGAAAAUA